AUGGCGAAGAGGUCUAAGAACAGGAGGCGGAGAAACCAGGCGGCGGCCAGGCUCACCGACGAUCUCAUUGUGCAGAUACUGUCGCGGCUGCCCGUCAAAUCGCUCUGUCGCUGCAAGUGCGUCUCCACUCGCUGGCGCGGCCUCAUCUCCCACCCCGACCACCGCAGGAGGCUCCCCCAGACCCUCGCCGGCUUAUUCUACAUCACCGAGAACCCCGGGCGUUUCCCCGCAGAAGCUCGUCAUUUCACCAAUAUCUGGGACUGGGAGAGACGCCGCCAGUCUCCUCCUCUUAUCUGCCCCUCUUUGUCCUUCAUACCCGGCCACGAGCACAUUAGCAUACAGGACUCCUGCAAUGGCCUUCUUCUCUGCCGUCGCCCCGAGAGCACUUCCUUCGACGUGUUCUGCUACGUAGUGUGCAAUCCAGCUACUGAGAGUUGGGUUGUCUUGCCGCACUCAGGCUCCGGUGGCAAGUUCCGCGCUGCUUGGUUGGGUUUCGAUCCUGCUGUUUCCUCGCACUUCCAUGUCUUUGAAUUUGUGGACAAGUACCAUGGAUUAGUGGCAGGGAUGGAGAUCUACUCGUCCCAAACUGGAUCAUGGAGUUACAAGGAAAGUCAAUGGAACUUCCGUACUAGCAUACUUGGUGAUGAAAGUGGUGUAUUUUUCAACGGUCUUCUGCAUCUCGUCAUUGCUCAGUUUGCGAUAGUGGCUGUAGACGUGGAGGGGGAGAAAUGGUGGAUGGCCACGUCGCCAGAACAUGUGAAUCCUAUGUUUGGUUGGGAUCCUGGUUUUGUUGGUCGAUACCAAGGCCGCUUGUGCUAUAUAAAUCAGGAUGAUUAUGAUAAUUACAUGUCAAUCUGGGUUCUUGAGAACUAUGCUACAGAGGACUGGAUAUUGAAGCAUCGCGUCAGCAUUCGACGGCUGACUGAAAAGAUAAUUACUCCACCCAGUAACUACCAUGUCAUUACAAUUCAUCCAGAUUGCAAUUGGAUUCUCUAUGCUGCUGGCUGGGACCAAACUUUAAUGGUAUAUGAUGUUGAUCAUGAGGAAGUGCAUGUCAUACGAAAUCUCGGGUCAGACUCCUCAGUGCCAUAUAUUCCAUAUGUUCCGCUGUACUCAGGAUCAUUGAAAGAUGGGCACUGA